AUGAAGAUUUGGCUAGCAACAGUUGCGGCUCUUGCCUCAACGGCACUUGCUGAAUCCCAAUGUCACUGCUUGCCUGGAGAUAGCUGCUGGCCCGCCACAUCGGAAUGGUCUUCAUUGAACCACACCGUCGGGGGUCGUCUGGUUGCGACCGUACCCAUUGGCACCCCUUGCCACGCACCCACCUAUGAUGCCGCCGCCUGUGCGGCGCUGAGAUCCAACUGGAAUGAGCCGUUGCCUCAUCUUGAAUCAUCCUCUUCUGUGAUGCAGACUUAUUUCGCCAACCAAAGCUGCGAUCCCUUUACCGCAAAGAAUCGUCCAUGCCUGCUGGGCAAUUUCGUUAGCUAUGCCGUCAAUGUUUCCUCUAGCAAAGACGUCGUUGCGGCUGUGAACUUUGCCCGGGAGAAUAAUAUCCGUUUUGCCAUCAAAAAUACUGGCCAUGACUACCUUGGCCGUUCGACUGGUGCAGGUGCUCUCUCCGUGUGGACCCAUUACCUGAAUGGUAUCGAAUACAAGCAGUGGUCCGACUCUGCCUACCAGGGUGCUGCAUUCAAGGUCGGUGCCGGUGUUAUGGGCUACCAAAUUCUUGAGGUUGCCAAGUCCAAGGGCCAUGUUAUUGUCACUGGUGAAUGCCCAACUGUUGGACUGGCCGGUGGUUACACCCAAGGAGGCGGCCACAGUGCUCUGAGUACAGAGUUUGGUCUCGGUGCCGAUCAAACUCUCGAGUUUGAGGUUGUUACCGCGGCUGGAAAGUGUGUAAUCGCUUCUCGGUCUCACAAUGCCGAUUUGUUCUGGGCCCUUAGCGGUGGCGGAGGCGGCAACUACGGUGUCGUUGUAUCCAUGACCGUCAAAGCUUAUAACGAUGCGCCCAUCGCCGGCGGUGCUGUUCAAUUCACCGCAGCCAAUAUCACCACGGACACCUUCUACGAGGCCGUGUCUGAAUUUCAUCACCAGCUCCCGAAGAUGAUCGACCAAGGUGCUACCGUCAUCUACCAGAUGACUGCCAGUGUUUUCAUCAUCAGCCCUCUGACCGCGUACAAUCAAACUUCGGCCGAGGCAAAGGCCAUUCUCGCUCCUUUCCUCCAAACCCUGACCAAGCUUGGAAUCAACUAUAAGGCUGCCUUCACCCAGUUUGAUUCGUACUACGAUCACUACAAUAAUUACAUGGGGCCUUUGCCGUGGGGGAAUCUGGCUGUCGCCGCAUACCAAUAUGGUGGUCGUCUGAUCCCUCGUGAUGUUCUGGAGAACAAUCCCACCGGCAUGGGUACUGUACUGCGCAAUCUGACUCAAAACGGCGUCAUUGCGGUUGGUGUUGGUAUGGAUGUCUCAAACCCUGGAAAUGUCUCCAACGCCGUUUUCCCAGCUCUGCGCAAUGCUGCCAUAACUAUGCAAAUUGGAACCAUGUGGAACGAGACCGCUCCCUGGUCUCAAAUGGUCGCUGAUCAGUACAAGAUCACAAAUGAGUAUGUCCCACAGCUGGAGGCUCUCACUCCGGACAGUGGCUGCUACCAGAACGAGGCCAAUUUCCGUCAACCAAACUGGAAAAAGACCUUCUUUGGUGACAAUUACCGUCCCUUGCUCUCCGUGAAGCAGAAAUGGGACCCCAGUUCCUUUUUCUAUGCCUUCAAGGGUGUUGGUAGUGAUGCUUGGUCUGUCUCUGAGUCAGGACGGAUGUGCCGCGCUUGA